AUGUGCAACAUCGCGGUGCUGAUCGUGUUGCUGCGUGGACUCGUCAUCUCUGCGGUACAGGGUUCCAACUCGGCGGACACUGGAGAUGGAGCCACCCCAGACCCUUGCCUCAUGGUCAUCCCUCCGUGUGUGAGCGAUGCGGACCGCUUCAGCCUGGUGGCCUUGCGCCACAUUCAUAAAGAGCUGGACGACGACAAAGACGGCGGCAUUGAAGUGAACGAGAGCGUGGAGUUUAUAAUAGAAGACAUGAAGCAGCAUCAGACCAACAAGCACAGCAACCUGCACCGCGAGGACCAGCAUAUCACCGUGGAGGAGCUAUGGAAGGGCUGGAAGACCUCAGAAGUUCACAACUGGACGGUGGAAGACACGGUGAAGUGGCUGAAGGAGUCGGUGGAGCUGCCCCAGUAUGAAAAGAACUUCCGGGAUUUCCGCGUCACUGGCAACACAUUGCCACGAAUCGCCGCAAAUGAGCCAUCUUUCCUGUCCAUGCAGCUCAAAGUAGCAGACCAGCGACACAAACAAAAACUCAACCUGAAGGCGCUCGACGCGGUCCUGUUUGGCCCGCCGAUGCGUCCUCAACACAACUGGAUGAAAGACUUUGUCCUUAUGAUCUCCAUCGUGAUCGGCGUUGGCGGCUGCUGGUUUGCUUACAUGCAGAACAAGUCCAGCAAGGUGCACAUCUCUCAGAUGAUGAAGGAUCUGGAUAGCCUUCAAAGGGCUGAGCAAAGCCUCCUCGACCUGCAGAGUCGUUUGGAAAAGGCUCAGGAAGAAAACCGGACAGUCAUCGUGGAGAAGCAGAAUCUGGAGCAGAAGAUGAGGGAUGAGAUCACCGGAGCCAAGAAUGAGGCCCACCGACUGAGAGACCUGCGAGAGGGCGCCGAAUGUGAGCUCAGUCGGCUCAAAUACGCGGAAGAAGAGCUUGUACAGGUACGAAAGGCCCUCAAGCGAGCAGAGAAGGAGAUGCACUCUGAGCGUUCGCUGCCGGAAGCUUUGCAAAAGUGGCUUCAACUCACGCACGAAGUGGAGGUUCAGUACUACAACAUCAAGAAGCAGAGUGCCGAGCUACAGCUCUGCGUUGCCAAAGACGAGGCAGAGAAAAUCAAAAAGAAGAGAGGUUCUGUGUUCGGAACUCUUCACGUCGCGCACAGUUCAUCGCUGGAUGAGGUGGACCACAAGAUACUUGAGGCCAAGAAGUCCUUGUCUGAAGUAACCGCGUGCUUGAGGGAGCGACUGCACCGCUGGCAGCAGAUCGAGAGGCUCUGCGGCUUUCCCGUGGUUAACAACUCUGGCCUUCCUAGUCUGACGGCUAGCCUCUACUCUGACCACAGCUGGGUCGUGAUGCCGCGCGUCUCCGUCCCGCCGUACCCCAUCGCCGGCGGCGUGGAUGACCUGGAUGAGGACACGCCCCCCAUUGUUCCACAAUUCACAACCACCAUGAUGCGGCAACCGCUGACUCGCAACAGCAGCUCGUGCCGCUCACGGCGGAGCCUCGUGAGUUCUCCGUCGUCCUCCACGAUGUCCCCAGAUCCGGACCUGCUGUCCAUGGCGGGAUCUUCCAUUUGCUAUCACCUCGAGGCAGAUGACGAACACCUCAUGUUCGGCUCUGAUAGAAGGGGGUAUGUAGUGGGAACGGAGAAAAGAGAACCUCUGUUCUCUGUAAAGAGCGUAGUUUCUAAUACUUUCAUGUCCCCCAGCGAACCCACCCAGGAUGGCAGCCCAAGCGGGGACACUUUAAACUCCUCGAUGGGUCGUAAACCGCCGCACUUGGUGAGCCUGGAUACCCCGUAUCGCAAGAUUUCCCGUGAGGAACUGCUACUGUUCAGCCAGAGCCAAGAGUUCCCCGUGUCCACCAGCAUCACUUGCAAUAGCAGGGACUCCACCCCACCUUCUUUGCCCCCUACACCUGCCACCACCCCGUCAGGCCCGCCGUCCACCUCGCCCUCCCCGGACCUCACCCGCAUCUCGCCGGAGACCAAGGCCGAAACACCUUCCGCGGGGAAGAGCGCAUACAACGGCGUUCUGGAGAAGUCUUACAGCUUCGGCACGCUGCCCGCCGGCAUGCUUCCUGCCGUUGGCCGUUACCCGUCCCUCACCUCCCUGGACUCGGAGGGCCGCAGUGUGGGGCGGGAGCACAAGCUCCUGAGUACCUCCUCCCAGGACUCCAGUGACAACGGAGAGAAAGUCAAGCGCUCCUCCUCCAAAAUUAAAAGCUUAUUUAAAAAGAAAAAAUAA